ACCCGGAUGGAUGACUUCACCGUUCCGCCCGGGUUCCCUUUAUGAUCGCGGGAUCUCCCACAUCCCACGGCAGACGCACACACACUCACGCAGCGCGCGCACAGAGCGCUCCUGAUCCCGCUCCUCUGCACACAGCCGCUUAUAGAAGCACAUCGAGCAGCAGCAGAACCUCACUCACACACUCACUCUCAAUCUCUCUCUCUCUCUUACUCUCUCUCUCUAACCGGAGGAUAAGUGCGCGUGUCCGCGCCGGGAUCGCCGUCAGUAGCAGCAGCCGCUCGCGACAACAUGUCUGAGGUCCUGCCGUACAGCGAGGGGAAGAUGAGCGGUUACGGAGGGGACAACGACGUGAGCCAGAUGUCCUUCAGCUGCGGGCUGCAGGACACCAGCGCGUUCUUCGGCGCGGGGCAAGCAAAGAGACCCCCCAAACUCGGGCAGAUAGGCAGAGCCAAGAGAGUGGUCAUCGAGGACGACCGGAUAGACGAGGUGCUGAAGGGGAUGACGGACAAGUCGUCUCCGGGCGUGUAAAGCGCGAACGAUGCCUUUUUUGCAGACAUUGAAUCAAAUCUUUUUUACCACCGAUUCGAAGCACUUUGUCGGCUGUGCAUGAAGGAGGACGGUGAGGAGCUGGAAGAGGCUACGAUGCACGGACAAAGGCGGCAAGAGGGGAGGAAAGAAAGGGGGAGGUGGUGGUGGAGGAGGAGGAGGGGGAGACUUGGAGAGGACGACGUUGAUUUGAGGAGGCUUUGCUGGCGACAAGAAGCCGAUUGAAAGCGUCUCUGCGCUGUUUGAAAGCUGUUGAAGCGGCCGGGUUGUGUGAACGGCUCCGUCCUGCAGCCUCUGCCUUUGUUUUACAGAUGGAUGGACCUGCCAUUACUUCACAAACCAUCUUCUUCCAACAAAAAAAGCAUCGACUUUAAACCGGAGGACGAAGCACAUUACGAGCUUUAUUAUAAUGUAGUUGUACAGAAUCUCAAAGAAAACAGAAAGACCUUGUCUUUAUCCUGUAGCUACUACACGCUUCUAAACGAGCUGAUGGAGCUCCAACUCAAAACGUAGAAUCCAUUCCAGCUGCUGCUAGAGCUCUUUUCUAUAAACCCCUCAGACCAAGGCUUCUGAAAACCCUGCGAGUUCAUACGACUCGGUGUUCGCAGGUCAACGCGAGGAUGGUGCAAUGUUAAUAGAUAUAUACUCGUUCUUUUCGUCUUUUAGCCUGGUUUGACCGGAGAGGUGUAGGAACGUGUACAGCCUUCGCAGCUCAUUCGUGUUGACAGUAGUCUGUAGGUUUGCCUAGUGUUACCGCGCACUUUUGCGCAUCAAGGAUCCGCAGACCCUGCGCAGUCAACUCACAUAAUCAAUAUUUAUUACAAGGCUCAAUUUAAAGAGUAACUUGGCCUGAUGUAAUUAAUCCACUGCAGAUGCAAACAUGUCGAAGCCAUUUGAUUUUAUCUUUUGGAAAGAUAAAGAAUAUGAUUUUGUCCUACUGUUUUGAGUUCUGUUUCUCCAUCUCUUUGCAUGAACUUUUACUCCGGUUCCAACACAGGUGCCUCCAUGACCCUUAUACCCUGGCACGGUUCUUUUUAAAAUAAAUAAAUAAAAAAAGUCAUAUUUGUAUUUUUGUAUCUAAAUAUUUGUUAUUUCAAAUAUAUGCUAGUAUAUCGUCUUACGAUUCAUCAACUACAGUGUUUGUAUCGAGGGAAGGUUUUUCAGAAUGGGAUGAGAGAACUCCUCUGAUAUCAGGCGUGGGGAUAUGUUUUUCCUUUCUUUCUUUCUUUCUUUCUUUCUUUCUUUCUUUCUUUCUUUCUUUCUUUCUUUAAAGGGACUUACUGAAUGUGCUUCGGAUUUUUUUGCACACAUCAAUGUUAUACUACUAUUUACUGAGAAAUCGUAUACUGUGACUUGAGCUUCGUUGAUGAAUUUGUUAGAAAAAAAAACAGCGAUUUUAGACUCUACUGCACUGUUUACGAGUAUCCUCAAAUAACAUGUUGUUAUUUGAUGAGUUCUGAACAUUAUUGCUAUGUUUUUUUUCUUUUUUUGUUAUUUUGUACCAUUCUUUUAAAGAAAUUGAAUAUGGUUUGUUGUGCAUGAAACCUUAAUAUUUUUCAACAAUCAAGCAUCGUUUUAUGAAGCAAAAAAUGUAAUGACAUUCUGAGAAUGAUUCAUUGUAUAUUAUGAUGCCAUUUUCACUGUACUUGGUGAAUUAAUAAAUGGUGGGAAAAUACAAUAAA